CCUACAAAGGGGAAAAUGAAGUUCUAAUCGUAAAUUCAUUGGAUGGAUCACUUGUUCUCGAAGAGUUUCAACGUUCAAACACUUCGUCGGCUACGUGGAAUUAGAAGUUAUUGUCAAGUCAAAGAAACCUCUGAUGAAGAACCCUCCGUUUUGAAACUGGCCUUGGAAGAAUCCGAUUUUCAGACUUUCUUUCAAGUUGCCAGAAAAGCAGAAAAUCACGGGAUAGGUGAAAGAUUCUAUUUAGACAGGUGGCGACGUAAAGGAGAUUUUGAUUCUUAUUGGACUAUUACGAGAAUCCAAAGGGACCAUGAUGGGAAUCCUUCCAAGGUAUUCGGUUACUAUCACUAUAAAGGACUCGACUUGAAAGGAGAACGAGAGGUUGAAUUUGCCAACUGUAGAGGUUGGAAAUGUGAAAGACUUGAAAAGGAACGCAUCAAAAAGCAGGGAAGAAACAAAACAAUACCUUGAGUUUGUUUUGGAGAAAUAAUGGAAUCGGACUGUACAUGGAUCAUCAUAAAUAGUUCAACUCACAU